AAGCAGAUGCCGCCGCGGCCCAAGCCACCGCCUGAGAACGAGAUCGAGGAGUCGUUCCUCAAGGGCAGCGGGCCAGGCGGGCAAAAGAUUAACAAAACAAACUCGGCUGUCCAGCUCAAGCACAAGGUCACAGGCAUCGUGGUUAAGUGCCAGGCAACGCGCUCGCGCACUCAGAACCGUAAAAUUGCGCGAGAGCUGCUCGCGACCAAAGUCGACGAUCUCGUCAAUGGAGACCAGAGCCGCUCGGCUAUUGUAGCAGCUGUACACAAGAAGAGGACCGAGAGCGGGAUAAAGAAGAGUCGUAGAAAAUACCGCGAGCUCGGGGAGGCCGAAGCCGACGCCAACGCUGCGGUC